UCUGCCGCGUUGCCAACUCGAAGAGGGAAAAGAGUUUGAUGAAAACUAGAAGGAGCUCCGACUCUGAGUCGAAAAACCCUCUCCUGUCUCUCAACAUCUGGCAUCAUUCUUCCCAAGUAAAGAAUAAAUAGUCACCGUGUUCAACCCGAUACCAUUGUCCUUUUAUAUACAUAUCAUUUUCCUCUCUCCUCUUUUCUGUGUUGAGAUGGUCAACAUGCAAGUGCAUCACCAACUGUACUGAAUUCCAUAUAUUCCGCGUUCUUUUUUGGUAAAAAUCCACCUUUUUUCUGCCCAAUUUCUCCUUUAUUUUGAAUUUUCUGAGCUCUUUCUUGGGUACCCAAUACGCAGUUGGGUCGGUGAGAAAACGAUUCAAAUCGAUGAAGAACGAUGAGCAAGCUCGGUUCCUUUUUGGGAUUUCGCUCUCUGACAGACCCAAAUGGCAGCAAUUCCUCCUCUGCUCUUCUGGGUUCUUCUUUGGUUACCUUGUUAAUGGUGUCUGCGAGGAAUAUGUGUACAACAGGCUACAAUUCAGCUAUGGUUGGUACUUCACAUUUGUCCAAGGAUUUGUGUAUCUAUUUCUGAUUUACCUGCAAGGCUUCACCACCAAGCAAAUGGUGAAUCCAUGGAAGACUUAUGUGAAACUUUCUGCUGUGCUUAUGGGGUCCCAUGGACUUACCAAAGGCUCCUUGGCUUUUCUCAACUAUCCGGCACAGCUCAUGUUCAAAUCGACAAAGGUUCUGCCUGUGAUGGUAAUGGGAGCCUUCAUACCAGGUUUGAGACGAAAAUACCCACCUCACGAAUACGUUUCUGCACUCCUUUUGGUGGUGGGUUUGAUCCUAUUCACCCUAGCAGAUGCACAAACAUCUCCCAACUUCAGCGUGAUUGGUGUUCUGAUGGUAUCGGGCGCUCUAGUCAUGGAUUCCUUUUUGGGUAACUUGCAAGAAGCUAUCUUUACCAUGAAUCCCGAAACCACACAGAUGGAGAUGCUGUUUUGCUCUACAGUGGUUGGCCUGCCUUUCUUGAUUCCACCAAUGCUUUUGACAGGGGAAUUAUUCAAAGCAUGGAGCUCAUGUUGGCAGGUAACUUGCAAUCCGAAAAUCCUAAGAUUCCACCAUGUUACAUGCGUCACACAAGCCUCACAAUGUCUAACAAAUCUUUUUGGAAUUAUGCAGCAUCCAUACGUGUAUGGUGUGUUAGUCUUCGAAGCCAUGGCCACAUUUGUCGGCCAAGUCUCCGUCCUUUCCCUCAUUGCACUUUUCGGUGCCGCCACCACAGCCAUGAUCACAACGGCCAGAAAGGCCGUCACAUUACUGCUGUCAUACUUGAUAUUCACAAAGCCAUUAACUGAAGAGCAUGGGACCGGACUUCUGCUCAUAGGUAUGGGGAUCACGCUGAAACUCCUGCCGGAAAAUAAACCACACCAGAGAGUUUCAACCUCAUCUUCCAAGACAAAAACUUCAAAACCUGCUCCGAUCGAAAACGAAAGAAUCCGACUAGAAAACGCCGGAGAAAAUGAAGAAAAUAGUCGGUUGGUCUGAAACACCAGCCUGCUUCAAUUGGUUCCUCAUUUAUCAGCAGCUAUUUAGCAAAUUUUAGUCAUGCCAAAUAAGAACAUUAGGGAUUUUUAUGUUUUAUUUGUUUUUUUCUUUUUCUUUUUUAACCUCCAGUUUAAUUCUUUGUAUUGUGUCCUUUGUAUUUUAAAUUCUUUAUAUUUGUUGUCAAAGUGUUAGAAGCCCCCACAGUCGCCAGCUUUCUUUUUGUGAAUGUUUUGGAAUAUGAAGCUGAAUUUCAGAGCUCGGAUAAGUUACUGUUGUUUAGAUUAUGGCCUUUCAGAUUUAGUACAGUUGAUAAAUUUCCAUCUUGUUUACUAAUUUA